AUAUGCAAUACAUCAAACACUGGUGCGUGGUCCAUGGUCUGUACGUAAACAAAAACUCAAAUUGUUGUGAAUACCUGAAAUAGCCGACAAACCACAGGUGGGCGGGGCCUCAGUGGCCUGAACCAAUAACAAGGCCGCUGCUGGACACCAUGUGUGUUGUUGCCAUGGUAACUAUAAACAGAAGAAACACAAGCAGAACUAGUGCCAUGUCUGACGUUGGAUCAGAGGAGUUUGAGGAGGAAAACAAUAAACUGGGGGAGUAUGUAGGAGACAGGAACGAAGCAGGAGAGAGACAUGGACACGGCAGAGCUGUUCUUCCUAAUGGAGACGUCUAUGAAGGAGAGUAUGAGAACGGGAAGAGGAACGGACAGGGGACGUACCGCUUCAAGAACGGGGCCAGAUAUGUGGGAACCUACUUCCAGAACAUGAAACAUGGACAGGGAACCUUCAACUAUCCAGACGGCUCCAAAUAUGAAGGCUGGUGGGUGGAGGACGUGAGACAGGGUCAUGGCGUCUACACCUACGCCAACGGAGACAGCUACGACGGAGAGUGGCAACGGCACCUCAGACACGGCCAGGGAGUCUACCACUACCAUGACACGGGCUCCAAAUACCGAGGAUCCUGGGUAAACGGAAACAUGGAGUUAUCCGGAGAGUUCCUCCACAGGGACCACAGAUUCCAGGGGAACUUCAACAACAACAGGCCCCGUGGUCCUGGAAAGUUUGUAUUCCCUGAUGUCAGCUGUGAGCAGCACGGUGACUGUGUCCAAACGCCGCAGGACGAGUCUGAGGCUGAGUGGGAAGUCAAGUGGGUUCCCAGGUGUCUCAGUGGACUGACCCUGUCCACCCCAGUCUCCGUCCACACAGGUCAACAUUAACACUUUGUCCAGAACUUAAUCCCAGGGUUGCUGUGGACAAAGAACCAGUAGCAGAAGAAGAAAAAGAAGAAGAGACAUGAUCAGUGUUUUCAUCUGAAAAUCUUUGUGUAAAAUAAAAAAACAAAACUCUAUCAAUAAACUCUUUGUCGACAAACGGCUGGAUUUUCCAGAUUACAGGACUCCAAACACCAACUUUGUUCAUAGACGUACAGUUGUUCCUCUCCUUUUCUUGUAGUAUUCUUCAAUUCCUUGUCACGUGAAAAAGACGGGGACACAGCGGUAAUAUUAAAUCCGAACAAUAGGGGGAGCCGUCAAGCUAGAAAUAGAAAAAAGCAGCUCAGGUUCACUUCAGACACCUCAAAACCGGCCCUAAAACGGUCCAAUAAUGUAAUAAUAAUCAGUUCUGGGACAUACAACAGCAGACACUCUCAACAGCAUCGUCAUUGGACCCAUUUGAAUAUUAUUGCAGGUGGAGCUGAUUCAAAAAGCACAGUAACAGUACCAUUUUUGACCCUCUUGUUGACUAGUUUUAUUUUUAGAACAUACCCCACGGGCACCUUAGGUAGUCCAUGGGGGCUACCAGAUGCCCCCGGGCACCACGUUGGUGACACCUGACAUAAACAUUGACGAGCGCACUCUACUGGUGAAAUCUGUCAUAGUCUAUUCCAUGUACUGAAAUGUGACACAUUUUCAUGUCGCAGUGGUUUAAAGUCUGAACUUUAGUUUCAGGACAUAUUCAAGAGUUUUUAUGUCUUUUUUGUUUUGUUGUUUUUAAUACAGCCAUUCAUUAGUUAAUGUUGACGUCAAUAAAUAUUUAAUUCUUAAAACAAAUUUAAUUAAUUGGCAUAUUUAUAUAAAUGUAUUUUUGCAAAUGUCAGAAGUAUGCAACUUUUAUAUAUAUAUUUUUAACAGACAUUUUUAGACAUUCUGAGGACUGUUGGCACUUGUCGGUGCAUAAACUUAAAUUAAAGGAUUAAAACACUAGAUUUAUCUAGCAGUAGGUUUGAAGCUUGGUUU